AUGGACUGCUACCCCAUUAGGCACAGUGGACAUCGUCCCCUACGUUCCGCCCAGGGUAUAAUCCCCACCACAAAGAGCUUCCCCGCGCCCCUGGUGAGGGUGGCAAAGCUGGAGAGACUCUUCACUAGCACUAGCAAUCCAUCACACUACAAGCAUAUACCCACAUCAAACACCACACAUGCAACUCGCAUCCAGCGCCACCCGCAGCAGCGCUCACGUUUCAGCGUCCGAGUCCGUUGGACUGGACGUACAAAGCGCGAUGCAGUGGAAAUUUUCAAUUCUCGCGGUGAAGAAUUGAUCGUGAAGGUUUUGUGUGAUUCCACACUUGUAAGCCAACAGGAGCAGCAGGUCAGGCAGCCACCAGCAGCAGGUCAGGCAGCCACCAGCAGCAGUUUCGAACCUCUGUUCCACUUUGGAGCCCAAAUCUUUAUGAUCACCAACAAACUUUUUUACAGUAAAUGCCUCCCUGCGAAAAAAUGCGACGACCCUGAAUUUUUCUCCUCAGUGUGCGCAGAAUCGCACGUUCAUGUUCUUAAGGUUAUCAGACUAAGUCUGAAAUUUGCGUCGUCGUUACUCGUUGAUCCGAAAUUUCAAGACUUGAAGAUCGUUUAUCUUGCAAGGGAUCCUCGACCAGUAAUAAGAUCCCGCCGCGAGCCUGUAAACGCUCGCUGGUGUACCCCUAAAAAUCUUCAGUGUUAUGAUCCUCGCUACGCGUGCCUCGGUCUUGAUGAAGACUUGAACUACGCGAGGCAGUUACUGGAGGAAUUUCCUGACAGAUUUUUCUUCUUGAGGUACGAAGACCUCUCCACAAAGCCCAGGAAGAUCGUCGAACAACUUUGGCAGGAUCUAAACCUUACGAUUACGGAAGACUUCAUAGAAUACUUGCAACAGAGCACAACCGGCAAGAAACCUAAAAUGCAAGCCAAUGAUGUCACGCGGGACUCAGCCAAUCACGCAUUUGCUUGGCGCUCCAAUAUUGAAUGGGAGUUGGUAAAAGAGGUGCAAGAGUCAUGCAAAAACGCUAUCACAAAUCUUGGAUGGAGAAUUUUCACUUCUGAGAGUCAGCUUAGAAAUAAAACAGUUUCCCCACAAUUAUAAAAUCGUAAAUAAAACAAUGUCCCCGCAAUUAUAAAAUCGUGUGAGAUUUAUGAAAUCAAGUUGUUGAUUUAACUGGGGUAGUUUUACAAUAAUUUAAUCGAGAAAUAGAAAGAAUGGUUACAAUUUUAUGAGAAUAUUUUGUUUGGUUCAUACAUACCACUCUUGAACAACACGUUCGUAGAUUAAAGAGAAUCUCGGAAAUAGUUUAACGCUAGAUUACAAUAGAGAGCUACACUUUCGGAGUGUCGAAGCAAAUUUAACGUAUUUAAUAUUGUAUUUGAAAACAAAUUAUAAAA